ACACUGCUAUGCAGACUGUAUCGCUUCAUGAUUGGUGCUGGGAUACACAUUAACCAAACGUUUAUGUAUCUAUAAGAGGGAAAAGAAAGAAAGCACUUCGGCAUCCCCUUCCCAAGUGGGAGACAAGGCAUGGAGGAAUAUUUCUAUUCUUGUUGAAGCUAAAGCUUUAAUGGAGGUUCUUGGGGCAAAACUUUGCCGGGUUUUCAUCUCUUGCAGAGACUGAUAAGAAGAACUUUGAUCAUGCAGCCAUGCUUGCAGAAGCUGAUUGUGAAUGUCCCGUGUGCUGCACAUAAACUCUGAUCAUCAGCUUUCUGCGGUUUUUCUUUCUGGAUUGAGAAAGUGAAAGAGAAGAGGAAGAGCUUCUUUUGGUCUGAAGCAAACUCGUUUCUCUAUUUCUGCUGCCAUGGCCGAGGAAGAAGACCCUUUUGCCUCUGAAGGAAAGAGGACAGCUCCAAUCUGCAUUCUCUUCGAGGAUGCCAGACAGGUUUUCAAGUUCGACGAUCUGGGUCGAGAAGUAGCCCAGAUAGCGUUCCCUGCUGCACUUGCUUUGACCGCUGACCCGAUUGCUUCUCUGAUCGAUACAGCCUUCAUUGGCCGAAUAGGUCCGGUGGAACUUGCAGCUGUGGGGGUUUCUAUUGCUCUGUUCAAUCAAGUCUCAAGAAUCGCCAUAUUCCCUCUCGUGAGUGUGACGACCUCCUUUGUUGCCGAGGAAGACACUGUAAGCCCUGAAGGACCUGAAGUAAGCCCCGAAAACAAGGAAUUAAUACCCCAGAAAGAGUCAAGCGACAGUGCUCUCAAGUUUAGCAGCUUCGACUCAGAGAAGUUGGAGCAGAUGACCACAAGGAGACACAUACCAUCGGCUUCUACAGCAUUGGUCAUGGGAAGCAUCCUCGGUCUUGUUCAAGCCAUUCUGCUUAUUGCAGGUGCAAAGCCUCUGCUAAACUUCAUGGGAGUCGGCUACGAUUCUCUGAUGUUAACACCUGCGCAGCGAUACUUGACACUGAGGUCUCUUGGGGCCCCAGCAGUUCUGCUUUCAUUAGCAAUGCAAGGAGUCUUCCGUGGACUUAAGGACACGAAAACUCCCCUAUAUGCAACUAUUGCAGGAGACGCAACCAACAUAAUUCUUGACCCGAUAUUUAUUUUCGUCUUCCAUCUCGGUGUCAGUGGUGCAGCAAUCGCCCAUGUAAUAUCUCAGUACCUAAUCUCUGUCAUACUUUUCUGGAGAUUAAUGGACCAAAUUGAUCUAGUCCCUCCGAGCAUAAAGCACUUGCAGUUUGGCCGGUUCCUGAAGAACGGUUUUCUGUUACUGAUGAGGGUCAUCGCGGUGACCUUCUGUGUAACCCUGGCGGCAUCGAUGGCGGCCCACCUCGGGCCUACACCCAUGGCCGCUUUUCAGGUCUGCUUGCAGGUUUGGUUGGCCGCUUCCCUCCUUGCCGACGGGCUAGCUGUUGCCGGACAGGCGAUCCUUGCGAGCGCAUUUGCUAGGAAGGACUACAGCAAGGCUGCAGCAACGGCAUCCCGUGUUCUGCAGCUAGGACUGGUUCUUGGGCUGAUCUUAGCAGCUGUUCUAGGAGUCGGAUUGAGAGUCGGAGCGAAACUAUUCACAAAAGAUGUUAACGUCCUUCAUGUCAUAAGCAUAGGCAUCCCAUUUGUUUCGGCUACUCAACCUAUAAACACCUUGGCCUUCGUCUUCGAUGGAGUCAACUUUGGGGCUUCUGAUUUUGCAUAUUCCGCAUACUCUAUGGUUGCAGUGGCUCUUAUCAGCAUCCUCUGUCUGUUCAUUCUAUCUUCGAGCUACGGAUUCAUCGGAAUAUGGGUCGCGCUGACAAUCUAUAUGAGUCUACGAGCAUUGGCUGGAUUCUGGAGAAUCGGGACUGGGACUGGGCCCUGGAAUUUCCUCUGGAGAUGAGUCGUGCGCUGCUCUCGCUCGCAGAAUGUUCUUCGAUGCCUCGAUCCGCCAAUGCUGUAUAUAAUUAUCCGAUCCAAGAAUAUCUAUAUAUAUAUAUAUAGCUAAAGAAUGAAGAGCUGGUAGUACCAGAAAGAGAUGUCUGUAACGAAUAUUGGAGUAAAAUAAAAAAGCCUAAUUUCGCAUC